AUGGAUAUAGCACUCGAUCGAAUUGCAUUGCAGAACAUGGAAAAGAAGCAAUUCAUCUACGUGAUGGAUAUAGCACCCGAUCGAAUUGCAUUGCAGAACAUGGAAAAGAAGCCUAGUGAGAGCUUAAGACAGUAUGCCCAAAGAUGGAGAGAAUUAGCAACGCAAGUCCAACCACCACUCCUGGAGAAAGAGAUAACCAUGCUUUUUAUUAAUACUUUGAAGGCUCCAUUUAUCAAUCACAUGUUGGACAGCGCCACUAAAAGUUUUUCAGACAUAGUGAUGUCCGGAGAAAUGAUAGAGAACGCCAUAGGAUGCGGCAUGAUAGAAGCGGGAGAGAGCGCUAGAAGGUCAGCCCCAAGAAAGAAAGAACACGAGAUAAACAAUGCAAGCGUGUUUAACAAGGGUUAUUCUAAACCAAUCACGGUGGGACAAGCAAGAGCAGUAACCACUAACCAUCAAGGUUCUUCAAGGCAGGAAUCCAAUCCAAGGCCAAAUGAAGAAAGACCCCAAUUCACACCCUUCCUAAUAACGUAUAGAGAGCUGUACCAAAACUUAUAUGACGCACACGUGGUAUCUCUCUCCUAUCUAAAACCCAUGCAACCUCCAUAUCCUAAGUGGUACGACACGAAUGCCCAAUGCGAGUAUCAUGCGGAAAUAACGGGGCAUUCGAUUGAAAACUGUACUACGUUCAAGAAGUUGGUUGAAAGAUUUAUUAAGAUGGGGAUCAUAAAAUUUGAUGACCCAUCAGGACCAAACGUAGCAGAGAAUCUAUUACCCAAUCAUGUUGAUAAAGGGGUUAACGCGAUAAUCGAGAAUAAAAGAAGGAGAAUAAAAAAUGACUUAGUCGAGAUAAAAACCCCGUUAAAAUGGGUUUGGAGACUAAUGAUAGAAGAAGGCCUUAUCAGACAAGAUUCAACGGAAAAGCCCGAGGGAACGAGAAAGUACUUUGAGUUCCAUGCUGAAAAGGGCCACGAUAUCCAAAAAUGUGUCGAGUUCAGAACCAUGGUGCAAAACUUGAUGGAUAAUAAAGAGUUGGAGUUUUAUGAAGAGGUCAAAGGACUAGAAGAGGGAGAAUUUUACGCUUCAGAGGAAGGAUCAGCGAGGAAAACCCAAAGGGAUAGCAAAAGGGUUCCUUGGAAUUACGACUGCAAUGUGACGAUCCCAGGAGAAGAAAACUCAAUAAAUACUUCAAAAGAGGAUGAUAAUGUAGGCUUUUAUACACGAAGCAGAAAACGCUAUGAUCCGGCAAAUGCAAGAGUGGGACCUGCGAAAGGAAAAGCUUUAGCAGUUAAGCGAGGGGAAGCAAAAGCGGCCAGAAUUGAAUCGCAUAUUAAUCAGCCGGUAACUGAAAAUGAUGCUAGAGAAUUUCUAAAAUUCUUAAAGCAUAUCGAGUAUAGCGUGGUGGAACAGCUACAUAAGCAACCGACUCGUAUCUCAAUGCUCGAGUUGCUUCUGAGUUCAGAGACACAUCGUAAUGCAUUGAUGAAAGUACUAAAUGAAACUUAUGUCGUUAAUGAUAUCUCGGUGAACAAGUUUGACCGCUUGGUUAACAACAUAAGAGCCGACAAUUUUAUUUUCUUUAAUGAUAAUGAAAUACCACCGGGAGGAAGAUGA